AAGAGAGCGUCAGCCGCAGGCGCUAUUCGCCGGGGAAUCCACGGUGCCGCUCGCCUCUUAUCCCUCCAAAGUCCAAAUCCAAACUCGAGAGAGGAGAAAAUCGAACGCGAGGAAUAAUUUCUCAAUCGAAUAAGUAUAUCUCGAGAAAUAAAAAUAAAAAUAUCACACCGUAUGGCGCUGCUGAGCCCGCGUGUUCCGCGGCUGCCGCUCGCCGCCCACUCCGCCGGCGCCGGCGCCGGAUCCCUCCGGUGCUGCGGCCGGGUUGCUGCCUCCGCUGCGCGAUGCCAAGUGACGGCGUCGGGAAGCGUGGCGGCGGGCUCCUCGUCGUCGUCGGAGCUGGAGGCCAUCCGGUGGGGCAGCGCCAAGCUGCAGGGAGCUCGCGAGGAGAUGGAGGACGAGGUCGUCCUCCGCCCCGACUCCCUCCUCCACGGCUUCUCCUUCGCCGCCGUCCUCGACGGCCACGCCGGUUUCUCCACCGUCCAGUUCCUGAGGGACGAGUUGUUCAAGGAAUGCGCGGCCGCGUUGGACGGGGGCGCGGUGCUUAACACCAAGAAUCUCGAGGCCAUCACGGACUCGAUCAGGCGUGCCUUUGCCACCAUGGACGCCAACCUCUCCACCUGGCUUCAGCAAAUGGAUAAGGAAGACGACUCUGGUGCCACGGCCACGGCCUUGUUUCUGAGGAACGAUGUCCUUGUUGUCUCGCACAUUGGUGACUCCUGCUUGCAGGUCAUAUCGCGUGGUGGAAGACCUCAAUCUCUGACAAAUUUUCAUCGACCAUACGGGAACAACAAAACAUCCCUUGAAGAGGUCAAGCGGAUUAGGGCAGCAGGUGGAUGGGUGUGUUUCCUCUUCCAUAGUUCUGCUGAAUUGCCUUACCUGAACUACCUGGUUCUAAUUUUACAUAAUGGAAGGAUUCGUGAUGGACGCGUAUGUGGAGACAUUUCUGUAUCUCGUGCUUUUGGAGACAUAAGAUUUAAAACACGGAAGAAUGAGAUGCUAGUAAAAGGAGUUAACGAAGGAAGAUGGACUGAAAAAUUCGUUUCACGAAUAAAAUUUAAAGGGGAUCUAAUAAUCUCUUCACCUGACGUAUCUCUGGUGGAGCUUGGACCGGAUGUGGAAUUUGUUUUGGUAGCAACCGAUGGUCUUUGGGAUUACAUUAAAAGCACUGAAGCUGUAGCAUUUGUCAGAGAUCAACUAUGUCAACAUGGAGAUGUCCAGCGGGCCUGUGAGGCGCUUGGGGAGAAAGCUCUGGAUCGGCGGUCACAAGACAAUAUUAGCAUAGUCAUAGCUGACUUGGGGAGGACAAACUGGCAGGAGUUGCCCGUUCCAACGCCAAACGUGUUGUUGGAGCUAAGUCAAGCAGUUGCGACUGUAGGGGCUGUAUCAGUAGGAAUUUGGAUUUCAUCGCUUCUCACUUUGCAAUAGGCCUAGUUAAGGUCGGGGGUGUACAUUUUCACAUCUUCGGCUCCAGCUGCAAAUAUAUAUGUAUAUCCUUAUAGGUAAUUAGUUUCCUGAUUAAACUGUUCAGUGGUAUCUGGACUGAUGAAAAGAAGAAGAAAAACUUGUGCUCCAGCUGCUAUCUGGCAGCGUACUAGGAUAGGGACCUGUGAGACGCCCGUCUAAACUUUCCUUUUCUCUUUCCCGUUUUAUUGGGGGAUAUAAAACCUUAUAUUUGGCACGCGACCGGCAACAUUUGAUACCA